AUGUCAACCACAUCAUCCACCAGCAACGUAGCCCAGGGUGGGGACAGUCAGGCCUCACACCAGGGAAACAUUAGAUGCAGGUUGCGAGAAAAGGCAGCCAACCUCAGCCAUCUAGACCUGAAUGCUGCGCAACAGUACCAGCAACAGCAGGCAUCGCAGGCCCAACAGAGCAGCACUCUAGCGGUGUCUGGCACACCCAGUCUGCAGCCUACAGCCACUCCUAGUGCCAGUGUCUCCGCAAGCUGCCUCAAUGAUGAGUCCUCACACUCCAACAGAGAUAGUGAAACAGAAUUGGGCCAGGAAAAGUCCAAAAAGAAGUCCAGACGCCGUAAAAAGACUAUAGACAAACAGCCUCCUAAAGUUACAAUCAUCUCCUAUGACCAGGCUUCAGAUGAAGUGGAAGUCUUACUGGAGGUGUCCAACAAUAACCUCACCUGCAAGUUUCCCAGGAACUCAAUUCCAAGGGCAGAGGAAGUCGAGGAGGACCUGCUUCCAGAUGUCAGUAGGGUACAGAUAGAGGGUGUCACUGGACUCCUGCACCAGGUGAUUCAGAUUGUGACUAAAGAAGGCAAGAAUGCUGUGGGGCAAGUGCUGACCUUGUCACCCUCCUCUAGCCCAACAGCUGUCAGAAAAUUUAAGAUCAACAUUGAUCCCAAUAAGGGGGCCCAAGAGCUGAAGAGCCAGACCCACAAGAGUGGGUUAGUUGUCACACACCAGUCUAGCUGUGAGAACAAAAUCAACGAAGAUGAUCUUGAGGAGACCACCACAUCACCUGAAAACAACCCAGAAGGUUCCCUGACUCAUGCCCAGGGUAUGCUUGACAUGGAACAGAAGUCUUGGAAGUCUACAACUACUAAAGAAAGUGUUCCAAUCAACAUUGAUGAGCUGUCAGAGAAAUUGAAGUCUAUCUACCCCCAGAAAACUGGGGGACAUGAGUCCCAGACUCCCAUUGUAAAACCAGCAGAUGCUGGUCUCCAAGGCCAGCCAUCUAAUGUUUCCCAACCACCUCAAGUCCAGACUUCUCAAGGGUUGGCUUAUCCUCAUUUUCAGGGCCAGGCUCAGGCCACUGGUCAAGCAGUACCUCAUUUAGCACAGGCAGGCAUACCAAACCAGCUGCCCACUGGUCAGUCAGCAAGCUAUUCCCAAGGUGUGCCAGCUGGAGGCACUGUACAGAUGCAGCAGCCCUUGCAUGAUCAUUCACUGCCUGCAGUUCCAGUGGAUACCCAAGUUUCACCAAAAAGUGCAGCUCAGAUGCAGGCAGGCCAUUCUGGAGUCGGUCAGCAUAUCCCAGGACACCAGACACAAUAUCAGCAAGAGAGUUCCACCGGGGAAGUGCCAGGUCCGACUGCUACAGCUUCUGUUCAAAAUAUUCCCCAGGACCCUGCUGCAAAAGCAGGAGGUCUGCCUACAGGAUACAGCUCUCUUGGUCACAUGGCUUAUGGUAUGCAUCCUCAGGUUUCCCACCUGUCCCAGAUGCAGCAAAUGCAGCAGAUGUAUGCCCUGAUGCACAUGGCACCAUACACCUUUCACCAGCCCAGCUACUAUGCUCACAUGACCCCAUACAUGCAGACCAUGAUGCAGAUGUCCCAUUUUAUGCAUCAGAUGCAGCAACAUCAACAGCAGCAUGGACAGCACCCUCUGCCAAUGCACCUGCCUUUCCCUUAUUCCCAAUACUCAGGCUGGGGAUAUCCCUCCACAGUCGGUCUUCCACCCCAGUCUUCCCAUCCUCCUGAAAGUAGUUCUGUGUCCACUGGUGCAUCUCCUCCCAGAUCUCCCACAUCAUCUAGAAGAAAUGUUUUACAAGAUAUCUCCGUCCAGUCUCCGUAUGCCUCCAUAGAAAAUCUGAGCAACAUCGGCAGGUCAAUGCCCAGGUCAGAUAUAAACACACUGGAGCAGGCAUUGGCUAAAACGAUGAGCAGACAGAACCACCCUCAUCAGCACAAUCCUUCUCCCAUCAGCAGUGGUACCAGCUUACAGGAUGUGCCUGCUGAUACAAAACUCACUGAUCAUCCACCUGAUGUAACUGAGAAGUUGAAACCUGAAGAUGACAAAAUACUGAUUGACAAAGGGACACUGCCAGAUGGCUCUCCACCACGCCCCGCUGAGACAAAGUCUGAACCAGAGCUGUCUGUUCCCAAAGUCAAGGCAAUCUCACGCUUCAAGGUGGAGACUGUUAAGGAGGAUCCCCUCCUUGUACCAAAUGAUGCAGAGAACAAAGCAACAUCACCCGAAGGUGACAGUUCAAAGACAGAUGUCACAGAAGAGAAGACAGUCGACAAAAGGGGAAGGUUCCAGGUCACAAAGAUAACUGUGAAACCACCAGCAGAUUCGGCAUCAUCCGAGGGCACUUCUGCAGAUGCCACCUCUUCGGCUUCUAGCAAUACUAAACCAAAUGUCUCAGAUGUAUCUAGCGCUAAACAAGAGGCAGUGGAUGCCACUACUAAUUUCCAACUCCGCGGUGAAGGUGCAUCUGAUAACACUAAACCUGUUGGUACUGUUGAAGAUGAAAACAGGCCUGUUACCCCCGGCCAAAAGACUAAUCCAGAGAAAAUUAAAAAUGACCUGGCUGCUCUGGAAUUUGAUGCAGAAUAUCAAGCAUUGAUUGAUAGGCAGAUUGAGGAGAAAAGAGUCUACCUGACUAACAAAGGCUAUGACCAAGAAGUAAUUGAUUUUGAAGUUCUGAAAGUCCGCCAGCCACACCCAUUGCUCGCCAGUACUGUUGGUUCUCCUGCAUUUUUAAAUGUCUCUCCCCCUUUUGCCGGACAGCCAUCACCACCAGUUCCACUGUUUCACUUAGGAGGAGAUCAGAACUUUGCAGCUGUAGCAGAAGCUGCACUGGCCAAGUCACCACUUCGUGUUGACAUUUUAAGAGCUGGCAAAACCAACCGCCUGGAAGACCUGAAGGACCUUCUGAAGUAUGUUGACUUUACAGCACAGACAAGUGUGACCCUCCCUAAAGGAGAUGUGAAGAAGUCUAUGAAUGAAAUGCGGCAAGAACAGGAACCACGAUGGGAAAACAAUUUUGACAGUGUGGGUUCUAGUGGGGUUGGCAGCAGCAUGGGUACCGAGUAUCUGGACUUGACCAGGGACACAUCUGCUAGCAACAGCCGCAAGUCUAGCAUUGACCUGUCUGGCUCUCAGAACUCAAUCUCUGAUCUCUUGCACAGCUAUCAGCAACAGCAGCAGUUCCAAGCCUCAGCCGUGGGGCAGACUCAUAUUCCAAGUGCACCUUUGCCGCCAGUCCAGCAGAACACAUUUGAGCAGUCCCAGGUGACAAGCACCCAGCAGCAGAUACCUCACCAGGCGUACAGCACAUAUUACACAGGGCAGUACCCGUUUAGUAUACACCCUUUUCCUGGUUUCCAAUUUCCAGUGGCUAGUCAGCAGGGAGGGUAUCAUCCCGCUGCUUUGGCUCCAGCCUACAGCCAGUUCUUGGGCAACACAGGUGCUUUCACAGUGCAGCCAGGAUUCCAGCCUCAACAAGGCACACAAGACUCGGCCCACGCUGCUAUUUCCAAAUCAGCAACAACUGCUGUUUCUGGCAUUCCAAAUGCUGUUGCCGCCAGCACAGUCAACCAACAUGCUGUUGCAGGUGUUGGGCAGUCAGGCACCACCUCGCCAAAUAUUCAGCCUGUGGUCACUUCGGCUGCUAGUGCAGCUUCAUCCACCCCAGCACCAAGCGGUCCCGGAAGCAGCCUCCCUACAGGUCGCACGGAUCUGACCCCGACACAACAGAUCCAGUCUGGCCAGCCCAGCUCUGGUUGA